GCAGUCCGCAGUUCGCAGUCCGCAGUGUCAGUGUCAGUUUGUUUGUCGUCGGUUGAAGGAGUGUCCAGUGUCGUCAAGAGUAAAUAUGGCUUCUGCAAAAAAGAAAUUAGAUGAAUAUCAUUUGAAGAUACUACGACAGUUAGUUACUAUGCCAGCGAAUAAGGAAUGUUUUGACUGUCAUCAAAGAGGGCCUACAUAUGUUAAUGUAACCAUAGGCUCUUUUGUGUGUACGACGUGCUCUGGAAUGCUGAGAGGUAUAACUCCUCCACACAGAGUAAAGUCUAUAUCCAUGGCCACAUUUACGCCCGAAGAGAUAGAUUUUGUGAAAGCUAGAGGAAACGAUUAUUGCAGAAGAUUAUGGCUAGGUUUACUAGACACACAGCAGCCUCCGACCAAAGACGAACAACAAAUUAAAGACUUCAUGGUAGCGAAAUAUGAGAAAAAAAGGUAUUAUUUAGACCCGGCCAUUGCUUCUACAUUGGAGAAGCCAGUGAACGGGGCGGUGCCAACACAAAGAAAACCUUCUGCUCCAAGUGAAACAGCGAGACCUGUGGCUGUAAACAGCACAACAUCCGUCCAACCACCCAACUCUCUGGCCUUCAAACCACCCACCACCCUGACGAACAACAACAACGUUUUCACACCUGAGCCGUUUGCUGACUUCAACAACCUGUCAAUUCCCCCGCCUUGUGAUCCGUUCAACAGUUCACAGUCUGCCGUCGCUCCUACGUCUUCUCAACCAUCGUUUGCCAAUUUUGACAAUAACCCUGUCUUCAGCUCCACAAACACAGCAAGUCUAGAUGUUUGGGCAGAAAUAUCGUCCUACACUCCGCCCAUCUUCAAAGUUCCUUUGCGUCCAUUGUCUGGAAGGUCAUCCUGUCCUCCGACCAAUAGAUGGAGCAUGCCCGGGUCAGGAGUGGGGGAAGCAGCCACAGUACCAGCAGAAGACAGAUAUGCAGCUCUUAAAGAUCUUGAUUGCUUAAUGAAAUCUCAGCAGCAACAGCAACAACAGCAGCAGCAGCAGCAACAACAACAACAACAACAACAACAGGCUGUGGAGCCUGCUGCAGAGUGGACGGCUGGAGUGACAAACGGUUAUCCCAAUGGCUGGUCGGCUCCCUCCCUGUUCCCUACUGGAGUUGGACAAACCAACGACACCAGUGUGACUGCUAACCCCUUCAAAGGUGAAACAACUUGGAACAAUGGGUUUGCUGGAGGCGCCAAUCCUUUCAGAAACACUAGGCCAUUCUCUUCUGAAUCCGUCUGGGCUAGUGUUCCUAAUGGACAGAUGACCAAUGGCUUCACGACAAGUCAGUCUCUUAACUUCCCAACAGCCAAAGUUCCUUGGAGUAAUGAUACCAUCAGUAAUCCAUUUGUGGUUAUGCCGAACCCUCAAGUUUCGGCUCACCACUCCAGCAACCCGUUCCUCUAGGAGAAUUCUCACCUCGUCGUAAAGGUUACCAACGUCGAACGCUAUUUUAUACUCCAACAGUUUUUUACGAAUUGAUUUGCUUUUCCAAUACUUCUUGAGCAUUUUCCAAAAUGAUUCAACAUGAGCCUUCUUCUUAAAGAUUGUGAGGUGCUUUGUUAGUUUGAUGUGUUCCAUUAGCUUGCUAAAACGGAGCGUUUAUGGAAAUUUAAUGGCCUUUUUUUUGGAGGUGAUUUUAAAUUCAAGUAUACAUUUUUAAACGGAAUUAGCUUAUGAUUCUAUGUUGAGAAUAAAACUGUAGGUAAGAAAGAUGUUUUCUAAUUUUAUUUUAUAAAUUCAGUAUACUACACAAGUCUGUUAAAAGUUUUGUGUGAAACUUGAAUGCCCGUCUGUUAGCUCUUUGAAAUUUGAUUUUACAAUCUUACAACAUAUUAUAAGAUGAAAAUAUAUUGAAUUUUAUCAAUUGAACAGACUGAAUAUGAUUAGAUUGAUUAUUAAAAAUACAUUUUAAAAUUUUUUAAAUGCUGUUAGUAUUAUGUUAAAACUCUAGAGAGUUUUAAACGUCAAAUCCAUGAAAGCCGAUUAACGGUGUGACUACAUUAAGAGUUGAUUAAUAAGUGUUUUUAAACUGUGAGUCUUUGUGUAACUUGAAAUGAAUUUUUUUUUAAAUAGUUAGAAAUAGACUAUUAUUACUUGAUAAAAAUAGAAAACUUAAACUAAAACCGUAAAAAGAAUUUUUGUGAGGAUAGCAGGCCCAUCUGAAAUUAUCUGAAUGGGAAGGAGUCAAAUCUGGCACAAGACACUCAUAACCUACAUAAAACAUGAGUUGAAGGGAUGUAUUGAUCCUAUAGCCCCUCUUGAAGCUCAGAUCAAAUUAAACAUUUAUUAGAUAAGUUAAUUAGCUUAAUUAAAAAUAGUCUACUAUGUAAUCAAUGUGAACACAUAUUAGAUUAUUCAAAUAAAAAAACAUAAUACUACUUUAUAAAUACAUUGCAAUCCACAUUUUUUUUUAUGUUUCAACUUGCAUAUUGAUCGGUUUGUCGUAUUAUGGGACUGGAGGAGCAUUUGAAUGAUUGUUUAUAACUUCUUUCCGUACGUUGCAAGUGUGAGAAGGAUUUGUUGGUGGUAAGACCAUUUUUAAGCCGUUUUUAUUCUUACCCCAAAAGUCGGCUACGUAAAGCAUACCAUGCAUGAAAACCCUGGCAAGUAGGAUUACACUGACGAAUUACAGUUUAUGUACUUGGUUCAUGUAUAUGGCCAUUGCGAAUCCUUGAAGGGAAACUGAUGACGCUGCAUUGUAUUUCAAAAAUGGGACUUGAAUCUAAGGUGAUUCGUGGAAUGUGGACAAAUCUCCCAGAAAGCUCUCCAGUGAUUAUUUUGGCCUUAAUAAUGUCGAUGCAUAGUUCCUUUGCGAUUGAUCGAGUUCCGUUGCAGAUAUCUUCAGUAAUGUCCAGGUUUUGCAAUAGAAUUAUGAUGGUGUUCUCCUUGAAAUUUAGUUAAUGAGGUGGAAAUACAACAUUUUUCAUUAAAACCUUUAGUUAAAACUAACCAAUUCAGUUAUUUUUGUUUGCACGUCAAUUCAAAAGAUGACGAUAAAAUAACCUGUAUCAGCUGUUUUGUUAACUGCAGCUACAAAAAGGUAUUGACGAUAACACACUUUCUAGGGCUGUAGGUCGAAAACUGGAUUUUUCCAAGUGGGAAACCGCAAAAAAUAUAUAUAUCUUAGUAUCAUUGUAGAAACAUUUCCUGAAAUUUAACUAAACAAACCCACAGAGAGCAAUGUUUUUUUGUUUGUUGAGCAAACAAUCUGGAAAGUUGUUGCUACUCAAUAGGAUCGAUUCGAUACAUCUCUUCGACUAAUGUUUUGUGUAUAGUAUGUGUUUCUUGUGCCAGAUUGAAUUCAUUCUUAUUCGGGUAAUUUCCGGUAAGCCUGCUACCCUAGCAAAUAUCCUAAAUACCUAGGCUCUUGUGGUCUAUGUUUAAAUUCUUAAAACGGUAAAAGGUAAUUCAAAUUCCAAGUUGGCCUGAGUUGGAAAGUCUUGUGGGUUAUUAAUUUUUAUAAUCUGUAUAUAUUGUAACUGUUCACUAUAUCAAAUGUGUGUUGUGUAUUUGGACUUAUAAAACUGUGAUCGAUGGAUCAAGCCUUGGGAAAUGCAUAUUCCAAAAAGCCAGUGUGUAGUAACUAUUAUUCACUUAUGCUAUUGUUGUUCGAAUAUUAAACUAGACAAUAUUGUUAUUUUGUAUGAUUCGAUAGUUAAGUUUACUGUCUUAAGUCUGAAGUAACUAUCGUAACAAUAAUGUUUUCAGUAUAGUUAGCUGUAGCUUACAUAACUGGGCUACUCGCUCGAUGCACUUUGAAACUGAUUGCCUUUUAGAAACGCUUGAAACGGAUGUUGUAGAAUCUCGCAGCAAAUGUUAAAUGUGCUUAUUUAUAGAUAGCCACAGUAUAUAUAUAUAUAUCUAUAUAUAUAAGUAAUUUUCUAACAAUUUAAGUAUAUCACAUUUUACAAUUGUGUAGACCAUGCUAUAUAUUAAAAGUACAGCCGCAUGAAUAUUUUUCUCUAAGAAAGAUACGCUGUGCAGUUUCUGUGAUAUUACAGUAAAUGUCCUGGGAGAAUACAUUGUUAUUUUGUAAGAUAAAUAAAUUAUACAAAAUACACCUGUUUUCUUACCAAUGGAUUUGUUUUCCUUUGCCUCUUUCAGCUUU